GAAAUUGUGUACUGGUUUACUCACUGAAAUUCUAGAGAGAGAGAGAGAGAGAGAGAGAGAGAGAAAAAAAAGUAAGAGGGGAGGAGAGGAUGAUCGGAGUGGGGAAGAUCAAGCGAAUACACCAACAUCCUCGACAAACCCCUCAGCAAGGGCAAACAAGAGCUAGUGAAAAUCUACAAUGAAUAAAGGAGGGGUUGGAGGUGGUAGUGGAAGUGGUGGCGGUGGCGGCCCAACCUCCGCUGCAGCAGCAGCUGCAGCUCAAAAACAGAAGACAUUGUUGCAGAGAGUUGAUAAUGACAUUGGAAAUAUUGUUGAUAAUUUCAGUUACCUUGUUAAUGUGGCCAGGGUUAAUGAUCCACCAGUUAGAAAUUCACAAGAAACUUUCAUGAUGGAAAUGCGUGCAGCUAGAAUGGUUCAGGCAGCUGACUCAUUACUUAAGUUGGUGUCGGAGUUGAAACAGACAGCAAUCUUUUCUGGUUUUGCAUCCCUCAACGACCAUGUAGACCAAAGAAUAGAUGAAUUUAACCAACAGGCGGAGAAAACAGAUCACAUGUUGGCUAGAAUUGGAGAGGAGGCAGCUGCUAGCCUGAAGGAGCUUGAGUCGCAUUACUAUUCCUCUGCACAGAGGAGAAGCCAACUCACACAGCUAUGAAGAAGGGCAGUGUAUUUCUUGCUUCACUUAUUCUCGAAGUCAAUUUCUAUUGUGGAAGGAUUCAAAGUUUCUAAUCACCGUUCUUCAUCAAGAAACAAGAAUCCUGUGUUUCUUUUUGUGCUGCUGUUUGGAACUAUCUUUCCCUGUGGAUUCUACAGUACCAUUCGUAAUGAUUUCCAGAAUCAUUUUUAUCCCCAAUGUACAAUAUUUAGUUCUUUUUUGGUCGCUAGGCAUAAUCCAGAGUCACCUAUCAGUCAUCUUAGAAACAUAUGUUGUAACUGCUCUGCGGUUUAUGAAAUUGUAUAUCUGAAAUCUAAUGCAGCAUUAAAUUGUUCUGUUCUUGUACUUCUAAA